GCACCCCGGUCAUGGCACCCAUGGGCACCCCAGCGUGGCACCCCGCGGGCAGGGGCACCCGCGGACGGCGUCAGGGGGUGGCACGGAGGUGGCAGCAGCGGGUGGCGCAGGGGCGGUGGCAACGAAUGACACGGGGGUGCUGCUGGCAGGCUGUCACCCCCUCCAGUGUCACCCCGGGGUGACACAGCAGCCAGGGUCACCUCCCUGCUCUCAUUUUGGGGUGUCCCUCCCCUCUGGAGCCCCCUGUGUCACCCUGUGCCCACCGAGUCAUGUCUUGGGGACACCCCAGCAGUGCCCAAUAAACGGACCAACCUUAGAGAUGGGGGGAGCUCAGGAAGCGGUGACAGAUGAGGGGACGCAGUGGUGGCCUUGUGGUGUCACCACUGGGGAUGUGGGUUGGUCUGGGGACACUGUGGUGGCUUUGGGGUGUCACCGCGGGGAGCAUUGGGCAAUGCUGCGGACACUGGUGGCAGUGGGGUGUCACCACUGCGAACACGGAGCAGUGCUGGGGACACUGGUGGCUGUGGGGUGCCACCACUGGACUCAGGGCCUCGGCGGUGACCCCGGGACGCUUGUGGGGACCUGUCCGCUGGCCGGGGCGCGGUGGCCGUGGCUGUUUCCUGCCAUUAAUCACCGCUAAUUGGCUUUGCCAUGCCGGGCCCACGGCGGGGGGAGUUUGGGGGGGUCACGGGGGGUGUAAGAGGAUUUCUCUGCUCCUUCCUCCGGCUCGGCCAUCCCGGGGUCCCGCUCCCUGCCCGCCCGCUGCCCACUGGGCCCCGGCCCCAUGCCACGCUCCCACGGGGACAAGGGGACCCCCAAGGACAAGGAGCCCCCGCAGAAGGGGAAAGGGGGGCACGAGGAGGGGGAGAAACCCCCCAAAGCCCCCGAGGACGUCGGUGCGCUGGCCCCCAAGAAUUCCGGCUCCGAGUCCCGGCACGGCAGCCACGGGCAGAAGAGUGGGAAGAAGGGUCCUACAGACCCCCACGCUGCUGCCACCAAGACCUACUCCCCCUUCCUCAACACCGUCUUUGGCAAGGAGCGGGAGCUGUCACCGGAGGAGCUGGAUGAGCUGCUGGACGCCUUCAAGGAGUUCGACACGGACCAGGAUGGCUACAUCAGCUACAAGGACCUGGGCGAGUGCAUGCGCACGCUGGGGUACAUGCCCACCGAGAUGGAGCUCAUCGAGAUCUCCCAGCACAUCAAGAUGAGGAUGGGUGGCCGUGUGGACUUUGAGGACUUUGUGCAGAUGAUGGGCCCGAAGCUGCGGGAGGAGACGGCGCACAUGGUGGGCGUGAGGGAGCUCAAGAUCGCCUUCCGUGAGUUCGACAUGAACGGGGACGGGGAGAUCAGCACGGCCGAGAUGCGUGAGGCCAUCGCGGCGCUGCUGGGGGAGCAGCUGAAGGCGCAGGAGGUGGACGAGAUCCUGCAGGACGUGGAUCUCAAUGGGGACGGCCACGUGGACUUCGACGAGUUCGUGAUGAUGCUGUCGUCCCGGUAACGGAGACACCGGGCAGGAAGGGACCCCCGGGUGAUCCCCCCAGCCCCUCCUCAGCCCCUCCCUGCCCGGCCAAGCGACCCGAGAGCUCUGCCAGCAUCAGGGUUCAGAGGGAACAGCUGGAGCGGAGCAUCUGGGAAUGAGGCAGACUCCAAACCCCCGACCCCAGAAGCUACCGGCUGUGGUGGCAGAGCCAGCGGA